UCGUGUUUGGUGUUAAAUGUUAGAGCCUGAGGGAGAUUGUGACGAGGCUGAGGUGAUGGUGGCACUCAGUGACCUAUGUAGUGCUUCUGCCCACACGUAUACCCAUAAAUGUGGCAACUAUUGUAUGGAAAGAUUAAGACGUCAGAACAAGGAACUCGGCAGUAAACAUCAAACCUUCUUCCAUUGUCACUUACAUUACCUUUAAUUGCACUAACUGAAGACUAACUCGGUACUUAUUAAUUGUUAAUUAUUGGUCACAUCUAUUUGAAAGAGAAAUGAUGAUAGGGAUGUCAAUGUUGAGUGAGAUGGACAGUGAAAGUGAUAACUAGUUGACCUCAGCUACUUUUUUUAAUUUGGUUUUAACUGUAACACUUUAUUGUUGCAUUCCCGAGUAGACUUCCUUCACAUCCAAGUUGCUCACAGAGUGGCACCUAUGGUUGACAUGAAUUAGUAUUUAUAUAUAUACAGACAAAUGUUAAAUAAUAAUGUAAGAAUAUAAGAAGAUGAAUAAGAAUUGUGUGCAACACUUCUUUAUUGCUGAAACAUUGACCUGCACAUCAGGCUUCUUGAGUUGAAUAUAGAUGGUGGUGUUUACUGUACCAUCAUUAAUAUAGGAUAUUUUUGGCUGCUUGCUUGGAAAAUUUGAUUAAAUUCGAAGACUCCAAGUCCCGAUGCUUUCGGAUUACCAGUGCAAGGCUUACUCAUAUUCAAUAUGCUCCACCAGAUGUACAAGUAAAACAUGAGUGAAAUUUUUGGAAUGAGACGUUCACGUUGGGACAUCAAGGGGGAGCGUGAGGGUCCCAAGGAGCAGUCAAGAAGAUGGGGCAAUCACUGUGAUUCACAAAUGAAUUGGAAUAUAAGCAGUGAAUCAGAAUCCCAUCCAUCAGUGUCGUCUCCCCCACGACAGAGAGCCACUCCUUCGCCAAUUGAUUACAGAAGUGAAAGUCGACGGCGGCACGAUAAUCAGCAGGAUAAUAAUGUGCCUCAGAGCUCAACGGCACCCUCUCAUGGUCCUCAGCAGUCACUGAUGGGCCCUCCAUCUACACAUUUCACUGCAUCAUGGCCCCUUUUGGGAGCACCGAAUAUGUUUGCAGAUUCAGAUCGUGGCCAUCAUGCUCCUCCUCCAUUUGCAACUCAUCAGCGCUGGGCCCAAGCUCAUCCAGGGUACUUUCAAACAGAUAGUGGCCAAUAUACCUUUGAUAUGAAAUGGUGGGCCCAGCAAAAACAAUCCAUGGAUGCUUAUCUGAGUGGUCCUAGUUGGAGAGAUGACAAUAAAAAUACCCAUCCUGAUUCUGGCGUUCCACAGUGGUCAUUUGGCACACGUGUAAUGAAAAAUAGCAAUAAACGACAUAAUAAUAAUAGGCCUUUGAACCGUAAUCAUCACUCAGAUGGUAAUUAUAAUGGACAAAGACACGAUUCUAGUUAUGACCUGAUGGAUCCACGCCGCAGAUCUUCAUCCUUGUCUCACCUCAGUCAGAAAAUCAGAGAUGGUAACAGAUCAAGUAGCUGUAAUCAUCAGCUAGAAGGUAAUUACAAUGCACAGAGACAUGACUCGAGCUAUGGUCAGGUAGACCCUCGAAGACAACCUAUGUCUUUAUCAUUUCAAAACCAGAAAUUCAGAGACAGUUUACAUGAUUCCAGAAGAAGGUAUAAUUUGGAUAAGAGAGAUUUCAGAAAAACGAGCUCUGUUUAUCAUCCACCUGCUUGGGGAAAUACUGAUAAUGUUAGUGGAAAAGGAAGAGGAAAUAAAGGUGGGAAGAAAAGUAAUCUUAAGAUGCAGCCCAGUAAGUUUGAUGUACCUGGUAACUUUAAGUCUUGGGGUUCAUUUAAUAGAAGUAUACGACCUGUUAGUACAAGUGCUUCUUUGACUGAGCCAAGAGAUGACUGGUCUAUGUUUAAGAAUAAAAGCAAAGAGAAAAUAGGGAAAAAGACUAAAAGUGAUGAAAGUGCUACUUAUGCUGAAGCAGCAAAGAAAAAAGCACUUGCAGCAGCUGCAAGUAAACUGAGAAGGACAUUCUUUGCUGCUAAAAAAAAGAAUGUAGGAGGAGAAUGUUCGCCAGCAGAGGAUGAUGACAUAGAUGUUGACCCAACAGAAACUACAGAAGAGAAUAAUGCAGAAGACUUGUCUAUGCCCCGUCGCCACCCUAGCUGCUUGGAGUUUGAUAUUGAUAUACGAUUCAGUGCUAAAGAAUGGGCAUCAGUAGGACGUGGGCAGGGUGGAUCCAGUAACAUUCUUGAUAUACCACAGGCACCCUCAAGAAAGCGAUUAAAUGUCUUGCAAAAGAAUAACAUAGGAUGUGGAGAGGAACAGGAGGACUCUGGUACUUAUUCUGAUACAGAUGUUGGAAGAGCAGAACCUCAUUGGUCUGUAAAUUCAACAUUAUCUUCAAGCUUCACUCGUCGGCGACAUUUGUCGGAGAGUUCUGGGGUAAUUGACCUAAGAAAAAAUCCCUCAAAUGGAACAUCAACAUCACGACCUGGUACUGGACGAAUGAGAUCUUGCUCCAUGAGUCUCGUAGAGGGAGCAGGCUCAAGUAAAGAUGGACAGGGAAGCUCUAGUGAAAAUCGAGAAUCUCGCAUGAGGCUGCACCUUAUGCCAAAAUUAAGAAGAUUAAUGCUGAAGCAGCUGCUCACGAUGGAUAAAAAAUCUCUUCAGGUAUAUACAGUGCUGUACUUGUGUUUCUUAUACAGUAAUCUAUAUAAAAAGUGAUAUAAAUUUAGAGGUUGCUAAUAUUUUUUCCUGUGUUAUUGAUAUUAGGUAGUAGAGUGGUAGGUAGCAACCAUCCAGGGAGGCUGGUAGGUAUUACCAUCCU